UUCCCAUUUUUGCCCAUUUUUCCCCCGUUUUGCAGCACCUACCGGGCGUCCAACCUGAAGCCCCCCGGGGAGCAGACGGUGCCGGCGUCCAACCUGCAGAACUCGUUCCGCAUCAUCAAGGAGGUGCAGAAGCGCUACAAGACCCGCGAGGCCGAGGAGAAGGAGAAGGAGGGGAUCGUCAAGCAGGACUCUCUGGUGAUCAACCUGAACCGCAGCAACCCCAAACUGAAGGACCUUUACAUCCGGCCCAACAUCGCCCAGAAGAGGAUGCAGGGGGCCCUCGAGGCUCAUGUCAAUGGGUUCCGUUUCACGUCGGUGCGGGGGGACAAGGUGGACAUCCUGUACAACAACAUCAAACACGCCGUGUUCCAGCCCUGUGACGGCGAGAUGAUCAUCGUGCUGCACUUCCACCUCAAGCAUCAUCAUGUUCAGGCCAAGAAGCGCCACACGGACGUGCAGUUCUACACCGAGGUGGGCGAGAUCACCACGGACCUGGGCAAGCACCAGCACAUGCACGACAGGGACGACCUCUACGCCGAGCAGAUGGAGCGGGAGAUGCGGCACAAGCUCAAAACGGCCUUCAAGAACUUCAUCGAGAAGGUCGAGGCUCUCACCAAGGAGGAGCUCGAGUUCGAGGUGCCCUUCCGGGAGCUGGGGUUCAACGGCGCCCCGUACCGCAGCACGUGCCUCCUGCAGCCGACCAGCAGCGCCCUCGUCAACUGCACCGAGUGGCCCCCAUUUGUGGUGACCCUGGACGAGGUGGAGCUGAUCCACUUCGAGCGGGUGCAGUUCCACCUGAAGAACUUCGACCUGGUGAUCGUCUACAAGGACUACGCGCGCAAGGUGACGAUGAUCAACGCCAUCCCCGUCGCCUCCCUCGACCCCAUCAAGGAGUGGCUCAACUCCUGUGACCUGAAGUACACGGAGGGGGUGCAGUCCCUGAACUGGACCAAGAUCAUGAAAACCAUCGUGGACGACCCCGAGGGCUUCUUCGAGCAGGGCGGGUGGUCCUUCCUGGAGCCCGAGGGGGAGGGCUCGGAGGCGGAUCCGGGGGAGUCGGAGUCGGAGCUGGAGGACGAGACGUUCAACCCCUCGGAGGAGGACGAGGAGGAGGAGGAGGACAGCGACGAGGAUUACUCCUCCGAGGCCGAGGAGUCCGAAUAUUCCAAGGACUCCCUGGGCAGCGAGGAGGAGAGCGGCAAGGACUGGGACGAGCUGGAGGAGGAGGCCCGGAAAGGUGGGGAUGGGACCCCCAAAACCACCCCAAAACACCCCAAAACCACCCCAAAAUACCCCAAAACCAGCCCAAAAUACCCCAAAAUCACCCCAAAACAACCCAAAAUACCCCAAAACCACCCCAAAAUACCCCAAAACACUCCAAAAUACCCCCAGAACCACCCAAAAAUACCCCCAAAACAACCCAAAAUACCCCCAAAACCACCCCAAAAUACCCCAAAACACUCCAAAAUACCCCCAGAACCACCCAAAAAUACCCCCAAAACAACCCAAAAUACCCCCAAAACCAACCCAAAAUACUCCUAAAACAGCCCAAAAUACCCCUAAAUCACCCCUAAACCACCCCAAAAUACCCCAAAACCACCCCAAAAUCACCCCAAAAUACCCCAAAAUCACCCCUAAACCACCCCAAAAUACCCCAAAAUACCCUAAAACCAAUCCCCCCAAAAUACCCAAAAAAAACCCCCCGAAAAACACCCCCCCAUUACCUAAAACACCCCAAAAUCACCCCAAAACACCCUAAAAGACACCCCAAAAAAACCCCAAAAUCACCCAAAAACACACCAAAAACCACUCCAAAUCUCCCCCCCAAAAUCCCCCCAAAAACCCCCCCAAAAAAGCCCCAAAAUUCCAAACCAACCCCCCAGAAAA